ACGCUCUUUGGUAUUUUUUAGUGCGCAGCUGCCGCACCGGCAAACAGGUGCAGAUGACGGAGGCGGAGGUGCGCGGCUUGUGCUUGAAGUCACGCGAGAUAUUCCUACAGCAGCCCAUACUGCUGGAGCUGGAGGCGCCACUGAUCAUCUGCGGCGACAUACACGGCCAGUACACAGACCUGUUGCGGCUGUUCGAGUACGGCGGCUUUCCACCGACGGCCAACUAUCUGUUCCUCGGCGACUAUGUGGACCGGGGCAAGCAGUCACUGGAGACGAUCUGCUUGCUCCUGGCCUACAAGAUCAAAUAUCCCGAGAAUUUCUUCUUGUUGCGCGGCAAUCACGAGUGCGCCAGUAUUAAUAGAAUUUAUGGCUUUUACGACGAGUGCAAGCGUCGCUAUAAUGUCAAACUAUGGAAGACCUUCACAGACUGCUUCAACUGUCUGCCGGUGGCCGCGAUCAUCGACGAGAAGAUCUUUUGCUGCCACGGCGGCCUCAGUCCCGACCUGCAGGGCAUGGAGCAGAUUCGUCGCCUGAUGCGACCCACAGAUGUGCCCGACACUGGGCUGCUGUGCGAUCUGCUYUGGAGCGAUCCCGACAAGGAUGUCCAGGGCUGGGGCGAGAAUGAUCGUGGCGUAAGCUUCACCUUCGGCGUUGAUGUGGUAUCCAAAUUCUUGAAUCGACACGAGCUGGACUUGAUUUGUCGUGCGCAUCAGGUCGUUGAGGAUGGCUACGAGUUCUUUGCGCGACGUCAGCUGGUCACACUGUUCUCGGCGCCCAACUACUGCGGCGAAUUCGACAAUGCUGGCGGCAUGAUGACCGUGGACGAUACGCUCAUGUGCUCAUUCCAGAUAUUGAAGCCAUCCGAGAAGAAGGCCAAGUACUUGUACAGCGGCAUGAACUCGUCCCGGCCAACAACACCGCAGCGCAGCGCCCCAAUGUUGGCGACCAACAAGAAGAAAUAAUAUAUCCAUCCGCUUCCAUUUCCUUAAAACCUCAACAAACAGCAGCAGCA